AGGGGGUUUGGAGAAUACCGGGACUACCUUCCUCCUCUUUUGCCUGCUAGUAGGUGCAAGUUGAUGCAUUACAGCAGCAGCUGACUCUCUCUCUCUGCACACGAGGCCCGCAGGAUUCGAGGUCAGACUUCGAACCAACAUCCGAAGUGAACCCGCACGACCGGGUUCAAAAAAAACAAAAAAAAUACAAACAACAACUUGCGCCAUCUUGCACAAGGUCCUUCCGUGAAACUCCUUACCCAAUCACACGCAACCACUCUUAGGCAGCUGAGGAAAAUCAGGGAAACCCACUUGUCUCGCCUUUUCUCCGCCCAUCCCACCCCAAAACCAUCCCAAGCAGCUUCCUCCCCAGUCCCGCCCACGGGACCGCUGUUCGAAUGCUUUUCUGGCACUGACUCGGUGAGCUCCUCCACCAGCCGCCGGAUUUCUGGGGAUCCGUCCCGCUGGCACAAAGAUGGCUGGGCAAAAGAGCCUGCGCCAGGAGUUCGCGCUUCUCAGCAGUGAUGCUCUGUGCUACGAGCAGUUUGCCUCCCAGCUGCUUUUGCAGCUGCUCUGCGCGCCACAGCGGCCAGGCAGAGGCGAACUCCGAGGAAAACAUGUCCUGGCCACACGGCACGCCCACGUCCGCAUGGACGGAUGCGCGUGGGCGGCACGGCCCAUGGACGGAGGGGGCCCAGCAGCAGCAACGCUGCACGAAGCACAUCGACUCCCUGGAGAAAGAGGCGGGCGUGUCCAGUAGACGACCGCGGACCUGGCGGCAACGGUCCAUUGAGAGGUCAAGAAGCCUUGGCCGUACUGGUACGAGGCCACGCCAUCUCCUGGCAGCUCCGCCACGGCUCGGAGCGGGAUCUGACCGACACUCGAAUGGCUUGAGCUGGAUGUAGCGCAGGUGUGCGAAGGUGGAGAGAACAGUAACAGAUCAAAGGCAAUCUGCCCUGAGCCCCCAGCUGUGAGCGCGUGCAAUUCGACAAGCGCUGUGGGUCUUCGCAGGGCGUCACGGAGGGUGUGUGCCACUGUGGCCGGUGGACUCCCUCUUGGAAGGGCUCCAUCAUCUCGAUAGACAUUGCGUGCUUCACUGGAGAGCAGCUGCUGAGUGUCUGC